UAGUAGGAAUAGUUGAAUACAAACCAUAUACAAACAAAUACAAAAUAAAACCUAAAUGACAGAAAUUAUAUAAACAUUGAUGUACACAAAAAAAAUAUUAAAAUGAUGAGCUAUCAAAAAUUAAAACAUCUUCAAAUAAUUAAACAAUCAUACUCAAAGUUAACAAACCAUAACCUCAAAGCAACUGAACAAGUGCCUGAACCAGGUGAUGUUGAUAAAAUUGGACCUGCUGAUGACAUCUCUAACUUGAGAAAGAUAAUAUUUAAAAAAAAUGAUAAUGAAACAGAGACUGAAAAAUUAUACAGAGAAGCUAGAGAUAAAACACAAAAAUGGAAUCAUAAAUUUUGGUCAGAUCACAAUACAAAAUUCACAACAGAAAGAAAAGAAUUUCAAAAAAAAUUAAUGGUCAAUGGAAAAGACUCAGUGACUGCUGAUGAAAUGUCAGUGUUUUAUAAAAAUUUUUUAGACAAAAAUUGGAAAAAUCAUAUUGACUAUAAUAUUUCUUGGUAUAAACAAAAUUUAAAAAUUUUAAUACUCGAAAUUAAAGUAAGAUUAUCAAAGUUAAAAUUUAAAUAA